GCACCCCAGCGAAGCUCAGGGGUCUCAUCCCAACCUCCUCAGCCUGCGGGACGGGAGAGUCCGGCGGAGCAUUGCCCUUUUAAGCUGUGGCCCCACUGCCUCCUCCCCGACUCCCGGAGGGGCUCCGGCAGCCGCCGCGACCUCCGUCCCUCCUCCCACCGCCCUCCCCGCCCGCUUCGCUCCCGGCGGCGGCGAGCGGCAGCUGCGCUCCGUGCUGCGGGAGGGGAGAGCCCCGGGGCUGCGACGAGCUGGGUGCUCUGUCCCUGCUGCCCCUGUCCUGCUAACCCUGUUUCUGCUGCCCCUGUUUCUGCUGGCCCCUGUCCCUGUCGCCCCUGUCCCUGCUGUCCCUAUCCCACUUUCUGCCCCGGCGCACUCGGGGACCAUGGGAUGCUGCACCGGACGCUGCACCUUGAUUUUUCUCUGCACUUUGCAGCUGGGAUAGUAGCGCUGUGACUUUGCCCUGAACUCAAGCCAUCAACCAAAAUACCGCAGGAAAUCAAUGCCAUUUUUUCCUCAAGAAAAGGCCCGUGACCUUUUUCAGUGAAACUCUUGGCCGCCCUGAUAGUGUUUGCACAGCAGACAAACAACGAGCAUCUCCUUCAAAGCCAGUUGGCAGGAAGUCAAAAGCUGAAUCAACUGAUGAGGACUGAGCCAGGCAGCCCGAAUAUUGCAGGGUAUGGUGGGACCCACGGGAGCAGCUUGGGGGCUCUUGCAGUUCAGCUUGCUGCAUUAGAGAGGCAAGUGUUUGAUUUCCUGGGAUACCAGUGGGCCCCCAUCCUAGCCAACUUCCUCCACAUCAUCAUUGUUAUCCUUGGCCUGUUUGGCACCAUUCAGUACAGACCUCGCUACAUAGUGGUGUAUGCCAUCUGGACUGCAGUUUGGGUCACCUGGAACAUUUUCAUCAUCUGUUUUUACUUAGAAGUGGGAGGGCUCUCAAAGGACAGUGAGCUCUUGACAUUUAACAUCUCCCGGCACCAGUCGUGGUGGAGUGAAAACGGUCCUGGCUGUGUAAGGAAGGAAGCUUCAAUGUCUGGCAUCACAGGUCUGGAUAGCCAUUCCUAUAUCUCCGUGAUAGGCUGUGCGCUGGAGUAUCGGUACAUUGAGGUCAUGCACAGCUCCUUCCAGAUCCUAAUUGCGCUGGUGGGUUUUGUCUACGCCUGUUAUGUUGUUAGUGUUUUUACAGAAGAAGAAGACAGCUUUGAUUUCAUUGGUGGAUUUGAUCCAUUUCCUCUCUACCAUGUCAAUGAAAAACCCACCAACCUUUUGUUCAAGCAGACAUACCUGCCUGCGUAAAUGAGGAGGAGCCAGAGGAUGCAUAAGUCUUGCACUCCACCAAAGGUGCUGCAGGAAACAAUCCCCUGUGGCCUGGGUCUAUGGCAGAGGAAAUGCAGGAUGGUGAACUCCAUUCCAUUUUUUUGUUCCUUGUCUUCUUUUCAAAUGCAAUGAAUGUACAUUGAAGGAUGACCACACAGUCUGCUCUUAACUCUACAAGUGCCCCGAUGAGCCAUUCUUACUCCAGUAGGUGGUUCUAGCCAAAUGGCACAGACUGGAAAAUCCUCAGGCAGAAGUUCACUAGGAGCCUAUCUCAAGAGAUGCAGUAGAAGUCGGAGCUGCUUCCUUCCACCACGGAUGAACAGAGAAGGAAACGCUGCAACACCCUGGGACAUCUUAUACGUUCUAUAGUUAGUGUCUUCCCUCUCUCCUUUCCUCUGUUCUGGAAAGAGCCUAAAUCCCAUUAAUACAACUUCAACUCUUCCCUGCCUGUAUAAAACUAGGCAAGGGCUAUUUGAGUUAUUUAGGAUCUCUUACACACCCCACUUUUUUUUUUUUUCUGCACAUAUUGUAGAUAAAAGAUCUUCCCUUUCUCCUCUUUAUCUGGGACUCCCUCAUCUCUACUCCUUAUCAGUUAUCAGCCCCUUAAUAGUAAGGAAUUUGGCUUGGAUUUUAACAUUGUGAUUUAACUACUAUAAAUGCCGAACAGUUAAAACUAGUACAAUUGCCAAAUCUGUACUUGGUAUGGAGCUUAACCCCAUUGCAACAUGCCAAACUUACAGCAGCUAUAGCAUACUCUGGGUUUGCCUAUCCACAUUACUGGUAUAGCCAGGUGCACAACUGAUACCUGCCGUAGGACACUGGAAAAUGCCUAGUUCCUCAUGGAUCAUGUUUUCAUACCUGCUUUCUUUGCCCAGCAGCCACACUUACUCCAGGCACAGACCCAACAGCUUCCUGCUGGAAGAUAUUUUUGUGACAGGAUAAUUUUGAGGGGAGGGAGUGGGGAGGAAGAAAGGGGCAAUAGAAUUGUAAUUAAGUUGCAUUAAUAAGGUGCAGCAAAUAAUUAAAAUGAAAAAAAAAAACAGCAUCUGUUUCGUUUGCUACACCUCCCAGGAUGUUAAGCAUCAAGCAGGGAAAGGAGUGCUUGUCUGCCAUCCAUGGCUUUCUUUGGCUGAAGCAUUCCACAAGCUGUUGUAAUUCUUUGUGUUGUCUAGUUUAAGAUCACUUGGGAUUCUUGAAUAAUGCUUUACAGAAGAGCCAAGCCAGAAGCCAUGCUAGGGAAGGAAAGUGCAAGGAAGUGAUUUAAUAAAAACAUUAAGUGCUAAAAGUCAA